UUUCUUUAUAAUACAUUAAAAUAUCUUCUAUAUAGAUUUGAUUAUUCCUUUAGAUUAUAUAUUUCUACAAUUUUAACGAGGCGUCGUAAUCUGCGAAAAUGGUAAAAGAAACUGCUUACUACGAUUUGCUUGGUGUAAAACCGAAUGCGAACUCGGAAGAACUCAAAAAAGCAUAUAAGAAGAUGGCGUUGAAAUAUCAUCCCGAUAAAAAUCCUAAUGAAGGUGAAAAGUUCAAAGCAAUUUCACAAGCUUAUGAAGUGCUCUCUGAUCCAGAUAAAAGGCAGAUCUAUGAUGAAGGUGGCGAAGCGGCCAUUAAGAAAGGUGGAGCUGAUGGUGGAGAUUUCAGAAGUCCUAUGGACUUCUUUGAAAAGUUCUUCGGAGCCGGUUUUGGUGGUGGUGGCCGAAGGCGUGAACGUCGUGGUAAAGAUGUAGUUCAUCAAAUGUCUGUUCAGUUGGAAGAAUUGUAUAAUGGAGCUACGAGAAAACUGGCUUUACAAAAGAACGUAAUUUGUGACAAAUGUGAAGGUAGAGGUGGAAAGAAGGGUUCUAUAGAGAAAUGUAUACAAUGUCGUGGUAAUGGUGUAGAAACACGCGUCCAGCAGAUAGGACCAGGUCUUGUGCAACAUGUCGAACAGGUCUGUCGCAAAUGUAUGGGUACUGGUGAAAAUAUAUCUGAAAAAGAUCGUUGCAAAAAUUGUAAUGGGCGCAAAACAGUAAGAGAACGUAAGGUCUUGGAAGUUCAUAUAGAAAAGGGUAUGAAGGAUGGGCAAAAAAUAAUAUUUAAUGGCGAAGGGGAUCAUGAACCGAAUUCGCAGCCUGGUGAUAUAAUAAUUGUGUUAGAUGAAAAGGAACAUUCUUCAUACAUGCAUGUUGGAACAGAUUUAAUGUUAAAAAUGCCGAUUCAGCUUGUAGAGGCCUUGUGUGGUUUCCAACGAGUGAUCAAAACUUUAGAUGAUCGGGAUUUGAUUGUUACAUCAAUGCCAGGUGAUGUCAUCAAACACGAAAUGACAAAAUGUAUAAUGGAGGAAGGCAUGCCAAUGUUUAAGAACCCAUUAGAAAAAGGUCGUUUGCUUAUUCAAUUUGAAGUCGUUUUCCCUGAAACUAUGCCGGUAUCAGUGAUUCCAGCUCUAGAAAAGUGCUUGCCACCAAGACCAGAAGUAACCAUUCCAAUUGAUGCUGAGGCUGUCAAUUUGGAGGACUUUGAUCCUAAACAACGUCGGCAGCAACAGCGUAUGGCUUACGAGGAAGAUGAACGUUAUGAAGAAGGGCCCAGAAUACAGCAGUGCACAUCAGCCUAAGCGCAAACAUAUUUUGAAUAACAUCUCAAAUAAGAACUAACGAUUAUCCUAAAAUAACUUCAUUAAAAUACUUAUAUUCAAUAUUUACAACACCGGCAACUUUGUACUGCAGUACAAAAACAGUUUACGCUAUUUGAAUUCUAAAACAUUUUGGUCUUUAUUUAUUAUUCUUGUUAAACGCAAAACAAUAAGUAAAAUGUUUUUUUUUAGAGAAAAUCGAAGCAACUAGUUUAUAUAUUAUGCAUUAAUGAACACAACUAAAAUUAAAAUUAAAUACACAUAUUUUGAAAACGUAAAUGGUUCGUUAAAAGGUAA